AUGAAUCGACAACGAGAGGCCGAAAAGGCCUUACACGACCAAACGAAUAUUCUCCCCUUCGGACAACUCAUGGUCGUCUUCACAGGUCUUGCAAUUUCCUUGCUGAUUUGCAUGGUGGAUCAGAAUGGUAUCAGUGUCACACUACCCACGAUUUCUCGCGACUUGAAUGCGCAGAAUACCAUUUCCUGGGCCGGAACCUCGUCCCUGAUUGCCAAUACCAUGUUCACGGUGUUGUACGGCCGUCUGUCUGAUAUUUUUGGACGGAAAAUCGUGUAUAUCUCUGCAUUGGUUCUGCUAUGCUUUGCAGACCUACUCUGUGGCUUGUCUCAGAAUCCAGCUAUGUUCUAUGUCUUCCGUGGCCUGGCUGGCGUCGCUGGUGGAGGUGUCACCUCCUUGACGAUGAUCAUCGUGUCAGAUAUCGUUACACUAGAAAAGCGAGGCAAAUAUCAGGGUAUUUUGGGUGCAUCAUUGGGAGUUGGUAAUAUCAUCGGACCAUUUUUAGCCGCUGCAUUUGUUAUGCGCUCAACGUGGCGCGGUUUCUUCUGGUUGAUUUCUCCCCUGGCUGCUUGCUCUGCAGUCGUUGGACACUUCCUCAUCCCUGAUAAUGCACGCAAAGAUAGCUUCCGGGACAAUAUUGCCCGCAUCGACUGGUUUGGAUUGCUUACAUCUUCCAUUGGUAUCAUUUUUCUCUUGAUUCCUAUCUCGGGAGGUGGAUCUUAUUUCCCUUGGGACUCACCGAUGGUUAUCAGUAUGCUUAUUAUUGGAAGUUGUUCAUUCAUCGCAUUCUUGCUUAUUGAAUGGAAAGUGGCUACACUACCGAUGCUACCAGUGGUCUUCUUCAAAAAUAGGGUUGUUUCUGCGAUCUUAUUGCAGAGUUUCUUGCUUGGUGCAGUAUACCAAGCCAGCCUUUACUACCUACCAUUGUACUAUCAAAACGCCCGUGGCUGGACGCCCAUUGCCUCUGCAGCCAUGACUUGUCCUAUGGUUGCAUCCCAGGCAGUCUUUUCGAUCCUUUCGGGACAGUACAUCUCACGAGUCAAGCGCUAUGGCGAAAUCAUCUGGAUUGGAUUCGGCCUAUGGACUCUAGGCUCGGGUCUAAUGCUAUUGUUUGGUGCUCACACUCACCCAGCCAUCGUUGGUGUCAUUGUGGCAAUCAUGGGCGCCGGAGUCGGCUUCACAUUCCAGCCCACUCUCGUCGCCCUGCAAGCCCAUUGCACCAAGUCUCAAAGAGCUGUCGUGAUUGCAAACCGUAACUUUUUCCGCUGCAUAGGCGGUUCGUGUGGACUUGCUAUCUCUGCAGCAAUCCUGCAAGCCACUCUUCGCUCCAAUCUACCAACCAAGUUCGCACACUUGGCAGAGUCCUCGUAUUCACUUCCUUCAAGAGCAAACCUCAGCCCCGAUGAGUGGGCGUCAAUCUUGCUUUCUUAUACCAAAGCUUCCCACGCUGUGUUUAUCCUCCAGGUUCCCCUCAUUGGUGUGUGCUUCCUGGUGUGUCUGUUGAUACGUGAUAGAGGCUUGGAGCGACCGAAGGAGCCUGAAGAGAUCGAAGCAGAGAAACGCAAGGCCCAAGAAGAAAGAGAUGCCGAAGUGGCUAUUCCAGAAUGCUCCGAGGAGAAUACCGAUCACCAGACCCGCCACGAAAUCGAGAAGCGUCAUUCUGCAUCAACACUGGCCGAAUCAUCAAUGCCUCCUUCUCGAGCGGAGCCCAACUUUGAUAGCCUCGUGGAGAAGCAGCCGCAUUGA